AUGUUGCUACCUCAUGACACGAUAUGCCUAACCUUGAUAUCUCUUCUCCCAAGACAAGCUGGAAGAAGGUCUUCCCAACCAUGGACCAGGGCAACCACACCCAUGUGAAAGAGUUUGUCUUCCUGGAACUCACUCGCUUUCGGGAGCUGGAGUGUUUCUUGUUUGUGGUCUUCUUACCUGUGUAUGUAACAACCGUGUUGGGCAAUGUCCUCAUUGUGGUCACUGUCACCUGUGACUCUCGCCUCCACACUCCUAUGUACUUUCUCCUACAGAAUAAAUCCAUUCUGGACAUUGUUUUUUCAUCCAUCACUGUCCCCAAAUUUCUCGUGGAUCUUUUAUCCAAGAGGAAGACCAUCUCCUACAAUGGUUGUAUGACACAGAUCUUUUUCUUUCACUUUGCUGGUGGUGCAGAUAUAUUUUUCCUCUCUGUGAUGGCCUAUGACAGAUAUCUGGCAAUUUCCAAACCCCUCCACUAUGUGUCCAUUAUGAGGAGGGAGGUAUGGUUGACCUUGGUGGUGGCUUCCUGGGUGGGCGGUGGUCUACAUUCAAUUGUCCAGAUAAUUUUGAUGCUUCCACUCCCCUUCUGUGGCCCCAACAUUCUGGAUGCCUUCUACUGUGAUGUUCCCCAGGUGAUCAAACUGGCCUGCACUGACACCUUUACUCUGGAGCUUCUUAUGAUCUCUAACAAUGGACUAGUGACCCUUUUGUGGUUCUUCCUGCUCCUGGGGUCCUACACUGUUAUUCUGGUGAUGCUGCGAUCCCACUCUGGUGAGGGACGGAACAAGGCCCUCUCCACCUGUACAUCCCACAUUAUGGUUGUUACUCUCCACUUUGUUCCAUGUGUUUAUAUCUACUGCCGCCCCUUCAUUACACUACCCAUGGACACAGCCAUCUCCAUCAAUAACACGGUUAUCACGCCCAUGCUGAACCCCAUGAUCUACACACUGAGGAACCAAGAGAUGAAGUCAGCCAUGAGGAGACUACAAAGGCGGCUUCACUCUUCUGAGAGCAAUAAACUAGGGUGA